AUGGGAAAAAAUGUGCUUUUAAAGUACACAGCUUCUUAUAAUGAAGAGGUAGCUUCAGUGGUAUUAGAAAAUGCUUCUAAAAAUGCUUCAUAUACUUCUCAUUCAAUUCAGAAAGAGAUCUUAUCUGUCUAUGCAAGCAAAAUUCAGAAGUUCAUUCGAGCUGAGAUUGGUGAUGAAAAGUUCUGCAUCAUAGUAGAUGAAUCUCGAGAUGAAUCCAAAAGAGAACAGAUGGCUAUUAUUUUGAGAUUUGUGGAUAAAGAUGGGUUUGUUCGUGAAAGAUUUUUCGACAUAGUUCAUGUGGAAGACACCAAGGCAGCAACUCUGAAAAACAAAAUAAGUGAAGUUCUUUCUUAUCAUAAUCUCAGCAUUCAAAGCAUUCGAGGACAAGGAUACGAUGGUUCUAGUAACAUGAGAGGAGAAUGGCAUGGUUUGCAGGCUCUAUUUUUGAAUGAGUGCCCGUAUGCAUAUUACAUUCAUUGUUUCGCUCAUCGACUACAGCUGAUAUUAGUUGCUACAUCUCAAAAAGUUAUUCCUAUUGAGCACUUUUUUUCCCAGCUUCUUAUUAUUAUUAAUGUAGUUGAUUCUUCUGCGAAGCGCCAUGAUCAACUGCAAAUUGCGCAGGCUAUUCGAAUUGAAGAGUUGACUUCAACCAAUCAGCUUGAAACUGGUAGAGGAAAAAAUCAGAUUGGAAGUUUACAACGUCCAGGUGAUACACGAUGGAGCUCUCAUUUGAACUCUAUGCACAGCUUACUUAAGAUGUUUGAUUCUGUUCUUGUGGUACUUGGUGAGAUCAUAAAUGAUAGAAGUGCUGCUUCUAGGGCUGUAGCUGAUAAAGCUUAUGAUGUGAUGAUGUCCUUUGAAUUUGCAUUUGUCUUGCAUUUUCUUAUUGAUUUGUUGGGAAGAGCAAAUGAUCUUUGUAGAAUGUUGCAGUGCAUAUCCCAAGAUAUUGUUAAUGCAAUCGAUGCAGUAUCGAAUACAAAAGAGAUCAUCCAAAAAUUCCGAGAAAAUGGUUGGAGUGGGUUACUAGAAAAGGUGAAGAGGUUUUGUGAGCAGCGAGAUAUUGAAAUUCCUGACAUGAAUGGUGUGCGUCGAUCAAGUAGAGGUCGUGCUCCGAACAAUCUUGUCACGUGGGAGCACCAUUAUCGAGUCGACAUCUUCUAUGGAACAAUAGAUUGCAUAUUGCAAGAAUUGGGAUUUAGAUUCAAGGAAGAUGCAAUUGAGUUGUUAAAGUUGAGUUCAUCUUUGGAUCCACGACGUGGGUAUGAAUUGUUUAGUAUUGAUGAUAUUUGCAAGCUAGUUGAGAAGUACUAUCCGGCUGAUUUUUCAAGUCAAGAUAAGCUGCAUCUUAAGUAUCAACUCGAACUUUAUGAGCUUGACAUUCGAAAAAGUGCACAUUUUCAACAUGUUGAGACACUUCCUGAAUUAUGUCAACUAUUAUCAAAGACAGGUAAGUCAGCCAUUUACUAUCUUGUUGACAGGUUGAUUAGACUUAUUUUGACUCUUCCGGUUUCAACGGCAACAUCAGAACGUGCAUUCUCCGCCAUGAAAAUUGUGAAGACAAGUUUGCGGAAUAAAAUGGAAGAUGACUUCUUGUCUAGUUCUCUGAUAAUGUUUAUCGAGAGAGAAAUAGCUCAGAGCUUUGAUGUUGACUCAAUUAUAGAUGAGUUUGAUCUCAUGAAAACUCGUAGAUCGCAACUUAAAAUUGGUUGCAAGUGA